AUGCACUAUCAGAAGAGUUUACCAAGGUUGCCCGUUCCUAAACUGGAGGACACCAUCAGGAGCGACACAGAGAAGGUGGCCCAGGACUUCCUGGCCGGUGAAGGCGAGAGGCUCCAGGAGGAGUAGCUGGCUCAAGACAGAAAAAACAAGCACACCAGCUACAUCUCAGGCCCGUGGUUCAACAUGUACCUGUCGGCGCGUGAUCCGGUGGUGUUGAACUUCAACCCCUUCAUGUCGUUCAACGACGACCCUAAGCUGGUGCGCGCCGGCAACAUGGUGUGCUCGGCCGUGCACUUCAUGAAUACGCUGCGCGCCGGGUUGCUGGAGCCCGAGGUGUUCCAUCUGGACGCGGCUCGCAGCGACACGGACGCCUUCAAGAAGCUGAUCCGCUCGGCGCCCGCCUGGCUCGCCUGGUAUGGCGCCUACAUUGUCAACCCCUACCCGCUGGACAUGUCGCAGUACUUCCGCCUCUUCAACUCCACGCGCCUGCCGCGUCCGGGCCGGGACCGGCUCGUCACCGACCCCGCGACGUGCCACCUGCUGGUCAUGAGGAAGGGCAACAUUUAUGUCUUUGACGUGCUGGACCGUGACGGCAACAUGCUGCACGGCGACGGCGUCAACCGCUGCGCUGGUCGCGGUUUUCGUGGAUGGGCUGCAAUGACACGAGUUUUCCCUCAAGUUGGCGGUAAGGAGCGUCUGAAGAAGUCCAAGCUGAGCCCGGACACGGUGGCGUAGCUGGCUUUCCAGAUGGCCUUUCUGCGGCAGUACGGCCAGACGGUGGCCACGUACGAGUCGUAUCACGGCCGCACGGAAACCAUCCGCCCCGCCAGCGCCUUCACUAAGCGGCGCGCCUCCGUCGGCGAGCCCGCCAGACACUCCGCCGACGGGCUGUUGGACAUGUUGCGCCAGUGCUCCGCCUACCACGGGCAGCUGAACAAGGAGGCCGCCAUGGGUCAGGGCUUCGACCGGCACCUCUUCGCCCUGCGCAACCUGUCGGCAUCGACCGGGCGUCCGCCGCACGAGCUUUACGCCGACCCCGCCUACGCCGCCAUCAACCACAGCAUCCUGUCCACCACCACGCUGUCCAGCCCAGCCGUGUGGCCGGGCGGCUUUGCCCCUGUGGUGCCCGACGGCCUGGGCGUGGGCUACGGCGUCCACGACGACUGGAUCGGCUGCAACGUCAGAGGCUACCCGGCUCGCAACGUCUCGCGCUUCUUGCGGUGCGUGUAGCGAUCCCUCCGGGACAUCUUUGCCGUCCUGGACGGGAAGGCGCUCGUGUGACGCUGCCGGCCUUCUUUUUCGAGCUGGCAAACAUAAUGGGGACCAGGAUGACGAUGCGGUUCCCGCCUUGAACUCCCGCGCUGAUGAAAACGGCGGCGACCCGGCGGAGGAGGCUCGUUCUGCAGACACCGAAGGAAGCUGUGCGGACCCGAACCCAGCGAGCAGCUCGGGCGCCCUCGCCGACGCCAAGAAGGGCGCCGGGGAGGCGGAGGUGACGCCGGGGACCCACGGGGCGUGUCUGACCCUCGGUGACCAUGACCACAUCCGCUAGUUCGUCCAGGAGUUCACCUUCCGAGGCCUGCUGCCUCACAUAGAGAAGAACAUCAGGCAGCUCAAUGACCAGCUGGUGUCCAGAAAAGGUUUGAGCCGCUCUCCGUUCACGGCCACCAAGAAGUGGUUCGGUGGCGGCAAAGCUCCCGAGAAGAGUGUCCUGAUUUUCGACCUGUGAUGGCAGCUACCCCCCGGAGGCCCUCGAACUGCAGAUCAGGAAGAUGGGCGACUUGUGCUUCCUGGUGCAGUACUAGAGCUGGCCUACAGCUGCUACCAUACGGCCAAGAAGGACUUCCUUUCGGACCAGGCCAUGCUCUACGCCGCCGGUGCCCUGGAAAUGGCGGCAGUGUCUGCCUUUCUGCAGGCUGGAGCCGCGCGACCGUAUCCCACGCACUACAUGGACACGGCACAUCCAGACCUACAGAGACGUCUGCAGGAAUAUGGUGCUGGCCGAGCGCUGCGCUCUUGUCAGCACAGAGAUUCUCAAGAGUCAGGGGAAAUAUUCGGAAGCUGCCACGCUGCUUAUCAAAAUGACCAGCGAGGACUCGGACCUGCGCAGCGCUCUGCUGUUGGAGCAGAUCCUUCCACAUGAUCCUGGCGGGUCACCGAUUCAGCAAGGCGGGCCAGUUCAGAGCGGAGCGAGUGCGCAUAUGGCUUCGCUUGGGUGGGCCAGACUCGCCGCCGGCUGUCGCUUUGUCCCCGUCAGACACGUCACCUUGAGCCUGCGAGCCUGCUUCCUCGCUCCCGGCGUCUACAAUAUCAACACGCAUGGCGUGUGCGCCGCGUCAAGACCGCGACAGCGCCACCCAGGCGGAGGUUGCGCAGCACAGCGCCGAACCGGCGCUUACCGUCAUCGCAGACAGCGGCCAUUGACCUUGCCGUGGCGCGCGCCACAAAGACAAAAGAAGAGACCAACAUGACGGAAGCGGCAGGGAAGGAACGAUGACUUCCUGGAUGUUCAUCAGGAGCUUCUUUGUUUUACAACAAACUGUAGCACCCGCGUGUCUGUGUAUGCGUGUGUAUAGUCUGUACAUGUUGAUGUGCGUGGGUGUAAUGGUAUGCGUGCCUGGCUGCAUUUGACUGUGGAUGAAUGUGUGUGCCAGAGGCGCCACCAGAGGGCAGCAUCAGAAGUCCCAUCAGGUCUCCUCAAGGUGCAUUCGACUUCCUGCUCGCAUCUUGGAAGUUGGAGGGUGAAGAAAACCGUCAAGAAAACGCAACCGAGGCAUGUCUUAAUUGUUUGACACUCCCAAAUGGAACCUGCAGUCAUGUGGUCAGCGCUCGUGUCCGAGCGUGGCAAACUCUGAAAGAAUGCACAGAGGGUGCUGGCUAUCAGAUUUGUUUUUUAGAAGUUCUCAACACGGGUGUGACGACACUAACGUCUGUGUUUAUACUGUACGAUAUUUAUAACACAUCAUGUAUAUAGAAAAUAAAUCCCAACUAAUUCUCCACUGACAA